AUGGACCCCCCCGAGGUCCCCCUGGACGCCAUCGCCUGCUCAGGGGGAGGGGCUGAGAGCCCCCCACGGACCCCGAGCCCUGCAGACACUGCUGACCACGCCCAGGACACUGCUGACCACCCUCAGGACACUGCUGACCACCCCCAGGACACUGCUGACCACCCCUGGGACCACCCUCAGGACCACCCCCAGGACACUGCUGACCACGCCCAGGACACUGCUGACCACGCCCAGGACACUGCUGACCACCCCUGGGACCACCCCCAGGACCACGCCCCAGAUGGGGCUGGGAACAUCUCCCAGGAGCGCCAAGGCCAUGAAGGCACGUUUGAGAACAUCUUCCAGGUGUCCACAGAUGGGUCCAUCCCACCCAAACCCAUGGCCAAAGAUGAGGACAUCCCACCCAAACCCAUGACCAUGUUUGAGAACAUCUUCCAGGUACGAACUGAUGGGUCCAUCCCACCCAAACCCACGGUUGAGAACAUCUUCCAGGUGUCCACAGAUGGGUCCAUCCCACCCAAACCCAUGGCCAAAGAUGAGGACAUCCCACCCAAACCCAUGGCCAUGUGUGGGAGCACUUUCCAGAACCUCCAAAGCCAUGGAUCCAUGUUUGAGGACAUCUUCCAGGUCUCCACGGGUGUGGACAUCCCACCCAAAAUCAUGGCCAUGGAUAAGGACAUCCCACCCAAAUCCAUGGCCAUGGAUGGGAACAUCUUCCAGGUGUCCACAGAUGGGUCCAUCCCACCUAAACCCAUGGCUGAGAACAUUUUCCAGGUGUCCACAGAUGGGUCCAUCCCACCUAAACCCAUGGCUGAGAACAUUUUCCAGGUGUCCACAGAUGGGUCCAUCCCACCUAAACCCAUGGCUGAGAACAUUUUCCAGGUGUCCACAGAUGGGUCCAUCCCACCUAAACCCAUGGCUGAGAACAUUUUCCAGGUGUCCACAGAUGGGUCCAUCCCACCUAAACCCAUGGCUGAGAACAUUUUCCAGGUGUCCACAGAUGGGUCCAUCCCACCUAAACCCAUGGCUGAGAACAUUUUCCAGGUGUCCACAGAUGGGUCCAUCCCACCUAAACCCAUGGCUGAGAACAUUUUCCAGGUGUCCACAGAUGGGUCCAUCCCACCUAAACCCAUGGCUGAGAACAUUUUCCAGGUGUCCACAGAUGGGUCCAUCCCACCUAAACCCAUGCCCAUGGAUGAGAGCACCUUCCAGGAGGAACGGGGCCACGGAUCCACAUUUCAGGACAUCUUCCAGGUGUCCAUGGAUGAGGACAUCCCACCCAAAUCCAUGGCCAUGAAUGGGAACAUCUUCCAGGUACAAACUGAUGGGUCCAUCCCACCCAAAUCCACGGAUGAGAACAUUUUCCAGGUGUGCACAGAUGGUUCCAUCCCACCCAAGUCCAUGUCCAUGGAUGAGAACAUCUCCCAGGUACGAACUGAUGGGUCCAUCCCACCCAAAUCCACGGAUGAGAAGGUCUCACCUGAGCCCGUGACCACGGAUGGUCCCAUCUCCCCCAAAUCCCUGACCAUGGAUGGUCCCAUCUCACCCAAAUCCCUGACCACGGAUGGUCCCAUCUCACCCAAAUCCCUGACCAUGGAUGGUCCCAUCUCCCCCAAAUCCCUGACCACGGAUGGUCCCAUCUCACCCAAAUCCCUGACCACGGAUGGUCCCAUCUCACCCAAGUUCGUGACCACGGAUGGUCCCAUCUCCCCCAAACCCAUGACCAUGGAUGGUCUCAUCUCACCCAAGUUCGUGACCAUGGAUGGUCCCAUCUCCCCCAAACCCAUGACCAUGGAUGGGACCGCAUCACCAGAACACGCGUCCACGGAUUCAACCAACUCAUCCCAGACCAUGACCAUGGAUGGUCCCAUCCCACCCAAACGCCCCGGCCCCAAACGCAGCCAGGAGGAAGAGGAGGAUGAUAACGAUGAUGACAACGACCACGCCAGUGAUGACCAUGAUGACUGUGAUGAUCACCAUGAUCCCCAUGACCACCAAGACCACCAUGACCACCAUGACUUUGAUGACCACCACGACCAUGAUGUCCACAAUGACUGUGAUGGCCACCAUGACCACCAAGACCAUGAUGACCAUGAUGACCACCAUGACCACAAUGACCUUGAUGACCUUGAUGACCACCAUGACCACAAAGACCACCAUGACCACCAUGACCAUGAUGACCAUUAUGGCUGUGAUGACCACCAUGACCACAAAGACCACAAUGACCACCAUGACCACCAUGACCACCACGACCAUGAUGACCACAAUGACCACAGUGACCACAUGAAUGACCACAGUGACCACAGUGACCACCAUGACCACCAUGACCACCACGACCUCGAUGACCACCUCAACCACCGCGACCGUGACGACCGCAGCAGCUCAUCCCGCGAUGACGAAGACGAGGAGGAUCUGGAAGAUCUGGAGGAGCUCGACGAGGACGAGGAGCCCCAUUUCCACACCAACCCCCUGUUCCAGCACCCUCUGCCCCCGGGUGUCCCCGCGUGGCGCCCACACCGCGUCACCCUGCCCGGCGACGGGGACACCCCCGGCCUCGGUGUCACCCUCGGGUGUCACCCCCCGGGAGGAGCCACCACCGGGGACGUCACCGCGGGCUGGGGACCCCCCAGACCCCCGGGCCCGGCGCUCUCGAACCCCCCGGAUCCACUCCAGGAAUUUGGGGACCCCAAGGAUCCACUCCAGGAAUUUGGGGACCCCCCGGAUCCACCCCAGGAAUUUGGGGAUCCCCCGGAUCCGCCCCAGGAAUUUGGGGACCCCCCGGAUCCACCGGAUCUGCCUCCGGAAUUUGGGGACCCCCCGGAUCCGCUCCAGGAAUUUGGGGACCCCCCGGAUCCACCCCAGGAAUUUGGGGAUCCCCCGGAUCCACCGGAUCUGCCUCCGGAAUUUGGGGACCCCCCGGAUCCGCUCCAGGAAUUUGGGGACCCCCCGGAUCCACCCCAGGAAUUUGGGGACCCCCCGGAUCGGCUCCAGGAAUUUGGGGACCCCAAGGAUCCACUCCAGGAAUUUGGGGACCCCAAGGAUCAGCUCCAGGAAUUUGGGGACCCCCUCGGCCCCCUUGGGGUCACCCCAGACACGGAAUUCAGCUCCAGGGUGGCUCGGGAAUAUCUGGAAUUGUUCCAGUUCCGGGGAAUGAGCCUGGAGCAGGCGCUCAG